AUGGCCCCAGACGAGAACGAGUCGGCCCGACGUGCGCUCCUGGGAUUCGCUGCCAUGGCCGACGACGACGGCCAAAUUUUGACCGCCAGACUCAACAGCAACGCCGCUGCAGUCGGGGGCAUUGUGGAGCGCGCCAUCAUCAGACAGCUACGCUUGGACAGGAGACAGCAAAAGAGUGACGAAGUUAUGCCUGGCGCCAACAACCCUGACCCUGGCGCCGAGGGGCACAUCGGAGCAGCCCACGAGCACGCCGCGCCUGCCAGGGCCCAAGCCGACCCCGCUCGCCUGGAUUCCAGGGCAGAAAAGGGACCGCCUCAGGAACUUCAUAGACGAGUGAAGCGUCUCAAAGACGACCGGGACUUGCGGGCGCCAGCGAGUCAGCCCAGGAUCGAGUCUGCCCCGCCCGAGACGGAGCAUGGCUGGAGUGGCGCCGCCGGGGGGUGCGCCAAUGGCGCGGGUGAUCUCGUGCAUGUCAGCUCGGGAGAUAGCGUCGGCCGCUGGAGCCUCCUGUCUUCCAACGUUGGCGAGGUCAAGCUGAGCCGCGCGAAGCCCGAGGAGCGCGAGCAGUUCAAGGCUUUUGACGAGGCCGAGUGGGCAGUGCUGAAUCGACCUGGAGCACUGCGCGUGCUGUCGCUGGCCGAGCCCCAGCACGCGGCCAAGACCAAGCCCGACAGGGCCCCGUCGUCGAGGAUGGCGCGCCGCUGGAAGGGCCAGGGGGGCGCCUUUAGCGCCGAGAGAGCCAGGAGCCGCUGGCGCGCGCGCGGCCUCCAUGACCCAGACACCGAGAAGCUGAUCGCCUACCCGCCGUCUCCGCAGCCGGAAUCCGCGCCGAUUUUUGCCGCGGCCUUACACUGCAUUGCGACGUGGAGCAGGCCGCGCAAUCGAGCUCAAGGUGGCGGCGCGCGGGCUGGGCGACGCGCCCUGGGGGUGGCGCGUCACUCCCGCGCCUUUCUUCUCGACCUGGGCUUCCGCGAUCUGCUGCUCGAGCCUUGCUACUGGUCGAAGCGCGAGGAAGGGCAGUUGGUGGCUCAGGUGCUGAUCGAGGUCGACGACCUGUUGCUCGACUCCCUCGGCAGUCACGAGAAGUGGUUGCAUGGGAGUCUCCAGGGGCGCUUCGCCUUCGGCAAAUGGGGCGGGAACGAGGUCGCGUUUGCAUGCAGGCGAGCGCGCGAGGAGCGACCCCGCACCGCAUCCGUAUCUAUCAGGAGAAGUACUUCGAGGAGCUCAAGACAGCGCCGCUUGAUCGCGGCCGCAGAACCCAGAGACAAAUCCAUUGUCACCGGCCGAGUUCUCGCUAAUUCGCUUUCUGGUGUGAGCUGGAUUGCCCUGGAGUCUCGGCGGGAGAUUCUGGGCGCUGCCAUUAUGUUCGCGAGCAGUCUGAACCAUGCUACGACCCAGGACGUUCUUCUACGCAAGGAGGUGUUGCAGCUCGCGCGAGACACGGCAGCGCAAUGCUUCAUGAUCUGGAAGUGUGACCUGAGUUUGGUGGCGGCAAUGACGGCCAGUGACGCUGUUGGCAUUGGCACCGAGGGCCCGGCGGAGCGGAUGCAGUCGCAUUGCUUCGCAGUGCCCGCUCUGGCGAGGGCCUUGCAGUCGGAGCGCGCGGGCAUCGCGCGAGCGCCGGCGCCUGUGGUGCCGAGAGCGGGCCCCCGGCGGGCGCGGCGCGCGGGGCCCCGGGCUCGCGGGGCGCUGCCGCGGGGCCUGCGGCGGCGGGGCGGCGCCAUGGCGGCAGCGCAGGUCGCCCAUGGCCACGGCCUCUCCGUCGCCCCGGCCGCGGGCGGCGACGCUCCGGACUGCGAGGUCAAGCGCGUGCUGGCGCUCGCUGACGACUACGCCUUCAAAGUGGUGCAGCACUACAGCACCUACGGCGAGCUGUCGAGCGCGGGGGAGGCGUGCUUCCAGGCGCUGGCCGACACCGUCGGGCGCAUCCCGCCGGCCCUCGCCGGCGAGUGCGUGCGGGUGCACCUGGCGGGCUUCACCUCGCAGGUGAUCGACCGCCUCCGCGCGGAGCCCUGCAGGCCCCUGAUCGGGGCUGCUCUGGAAUGGGCCAGCGGCGUCCAGCGGCAGGCGCGCGGCGCGGGGCUCCAUCGGGACGCCCUCGGCUCCGGCGGCUGGCUCGCCCGCCUGCGGCAGGUGCGUGACACCGCGCGGCCCCCCGACGAGCCCGUCCUCGCAGGACACGAGUCCGUGCACGCCAUCGACAGGGUCGUGGAGGUGGCGAAGCAGGUCAGCAUGCAGCUGCCGAACAUCCUGGAGCCAUUCAAGCCGCCGGAGCCGGCGGCCGUGGAGGCGGUGGACGUGCUCGACGGGGACAGCCCGCAGGACAACGGCAGCGUGUCGCAGCCCUCGCAGGAUGGGGGGCGGGGCCAUGCGCGGGGCGCAAGUGCUUCGGGGACAACGAUAACCGUCGAUCGUUGAAAGUAGGUGUUUUUGGAUCCUCUGAUUCCAACCUACUUUAGGCGCCUUCCUACCUCAUUGAUCGAGUGGGAUCCCUGUUACUUCAUCUUUAGGUGGCGGGCGGAAGCCCAAUCUACUUCAA